GUUUUGAAGUAGCCAAGUUGGCUUCAUUGGAAAACCAAUCCACCAAAAACUUGCUUCUCUCUCUCAAUUGAUUCUUACUCUUUUGGCAUUUAGUCUUUGCUCUCCAUUUUUUAAUUCCUUAUUUUCUUCGUUAAUUUCUUGGUCAAGGUAGCUCAGUUUCUCUUUCCUCGUACUCUCUCUCCAAAAUUAUUUGAAACAUCUCUUUAAGUGAUUUUUAGACUUCGGUGUAGUAGAGAAACAGAGAAAGCCAAGCACAAAUACUCUUCUGGAAGGAUGGAGAUAACCAAUGUUAUGGAGUAUGAGACCAUUGCAAAGGAAAAAUUGCCAAAGAUGAUUUAUGAUUAUUACUCAUCAGGUGCAGAGGAUCAGUGGACUCUCCAAGAGAAUCGAAAUGCAUUCUCAAGGAUCUUGUUCAGACCUCGUAUACUUAUUGAUGUGAGCAAGAUAAACAUGACUACAACUGUCUUGGGCUUCAAGAUUUCCAUGCCAAUCAUGAUUGCUCCUACGGCUAUGCAGAAAAUGGCUCACCCUGAAGGAGAGUAUGCAACAGCAAGAGCAGCAUCAGCUGCUGGCACAAUCAUGACAUUGUCCUCAUGGUCUACUUCAAGUGUAGAGGAGGUCGCUUCAACCGGUCCUGGCAUCCGCUUUUUCCAGCUCUAUGUAUACAAAGACAGGAAUGUGGUUAUACAGCUUGUAAGGAGAGCUGAAAGGGCUGGCUUCAAGGCGAUUGCUCUCACUGUGGAUACUCCUAGGCUUGGUCGAAGAGAAUCUGAUAUUAAGAACAGAUUUACAUUACCACCAUAUUUGACAUUGAAGAACUUUGAGGGAUUGAAUCUUGGCAAGAUGGAUAAGACCAAUGACUCUGGACUAACUUCAUAUGUUGCUGGACAAGUUGACCAGUCUCUUAGCUGGAAGGACAUGAAGUGGCUUCAGACAAUCACCCAUUUACCUAUUCUAGUGAAGGGUGUACUAACCGCUGAGGAUGCGAGGCUAGCAGUAGAAGCUGGAGCAGCAGCAAUUAUUGUAUCAAAUCAUGGGGCUCGACAACUUGAUUACGUCCCUGCAACUAUUAUGGCUUUGGAAGAGGUUGUCAAAGCAGCUCAAGGCAGAGUUCCUGUGUUCCUGGAUGGCGGGGUUCGGCGUGGGACAGAUGUCUUCAAAGCAUUGGCUCUCGGAGCAUCUGGAAUAUUUAUCGGAAGGCCAGUCAUCUUUUCUUUGGCUGCUGAUGGGGAGGCAGGUGUACGAAAGGUACUCCAAAUGCUUCAUGAUGAAUUUGAGAUAACAAUGGCAUUAAGUGGUUGUCGAUCACUCAAAGAAAUUACCCGUGACCAUAUCGCAACUCCAUGGGAUCCUCCUCGUCUUGUGCCUAAGUUAUAAGCCAGUCCUUCCUCAAGUAUGUACCAGUUUGGUAAAGCAUUUAGUUUUAAGAACUUGGCUGUAAUUGAAUAACAAUCUCAGAUUUGCCGUAAUGAUAGAGUAUUGAACUAUCUUUGAUGUGUGUACUUGGUUUGAACCUGAAUAAUGUUCAGAAAAUUAAUUUUCUGAUGUAUGCCCUUCCUUGUCUUGAAGUCCUAAAAAUGGGUUUAUGACAAAUAUCACAAUAAAAUUCC